AUGAAACCCUGCUGGAACAACCAUUGGAUCCUACAUUUUACUACCAUAGGAUGUAUUGCACUACUUCCUUGCUUUGUAAAUUCGUCAUACAACAUCGCCAAAGGAAAGCCAGCUUCACAAAGUACUGUUUAUCUUGGAUGGAGUGCUGUCAAGGCUUUAGACGGUGUGAUAGGAACAGAUGUGGAAGCUAACGGAGGAGGCAGCUGUAGCUCUACUAACCCUACAGGAUCUCGUGAGGCUUGGUGGAGUGUUGAUCUUCAACAUAUAUCAAGGAUAAAAACGAUAAAAGUCACAUACAGACAGUUGUAUCCCUUUCGACUUUCUGGAUUCUACCUCUAUGUUUCCAAUACGUCUGUUUUGAACGGACAGCGAAAUACAUGGCAUAUGUGUUACCAUGACGACAUCAAGGAUCCUGAUCUUCUUCCAUCCUUUAACCAAUCUCGUCCCUGUAUUGUAGACGGACAAUACGUCAUAUUCUACAACAAACGUCCCGCAGAUAAUGAACCCAAAAACCAUAUAUACUACUCGCCAACAAAUGCUGUUGUAGAGCUGUGUGAGGUGCAGGUGUUUGGAUGUCCAAUAAAUAGGUUUGGACCUGGCUGUAAUAAAAGAUGUAACUGUGGUGUGGGUGGAUGUGAUCCGGACACAGGUCGGUGUGACGUCACUGGAUGUCAGAAAGGAUGGACCGGACGAAGCUGUUCCGAAGAAUGUGGACUUGGUUUGUUUGGAGUUGACUGUAGUCAAACAUGUCAUUGCUUCACAUCCGGAUGUGAUAGAAUAACAGGGCGUUGUACGCUGUCAGAAUGUGCUGUAGGGUGGAAAGGAAAUGCCUGUGAUUCUGCAUGUGGCACUGGCACAUUUGGCAGGGCAUGCGCACAGACUUGUCACUGCGCUGAAUCGGGGUGUAACCCCAUCAGUGGCAGCUGUACUCAGCCAGGAUGUACAUCCGGAUGGACAGGAGUGGCUUGUGACACGGUUUGUCCAGAAGGACACUUUGGUUUAGACUGUAAGCAAACAUGCCACUGUUCUAUUCCUGGAUGUGACAGAUUCAAUGGACAAUGUAUCUAUACAGGUUGUCUCGCUGGAUGGAAAGGACUGUCUUGUGAUCAAACAUGCGGGGUUGGCAAAUAUGGCCAAGACUGUAACUAUGCCUGUAACUGCGCAACUCCCGGAUGUGACGUUAUCAGCGGUAACUGUAUAGUACCCGAAUGUGAGGUGGGAUGGGAAGGUUCAAUUUGUAACAUAGCUUGCAACAUCAGCACAUUUGGCAGUAAUUGUGAUCAGACAUGUCACUGUACUAUACCAGGAUGUGACAGAUUUACCGGGUUAUGUAACGUGACAGGGUGUGACGUUGGCUGGACUGGUCUUUCAUGUGACAAAGCGGCUCAGACGGACAGUAAGGCUGUGAUGUCGACAACAGGUGCUUCAGUCGGAUACGCAUUGCUUGGAACGUUGCUGUUUAUUUCUAUCUUUUUCAAUAUAGGACUCAUCAUUGACCGUCUAAGAACAAAAAGGAAGAAGUCCCAGCCUGAAAAAGUUGACGAUAAAGUGCAAUAUCAAAAUACACUGAAAGACACUAACAUCUACGAAGAACUAGACAACAAAGUUGAAAAGGCAAAGAGCAUUUACGAUACCCUAGCAAAGUAG